UGCUCUCACUUGCGUAUCGUCGGCGAUCGGUUUGAAAUCGUUGAAAUAGUUGCAAUGCUUUCGCCGGUGGAUUUGGGUUUCCUGGAACCGUGUGAGCAGGAAUGGCUAUUGACAAGCCCAUUUUUCCGCAGCAAAGUGGGUGGCCGCCCGGCUUGGCUGGAACUGAAAAAUCUCCCCGGCCCCAAGGAGCUUCUUUGCGAUGAGUGUGGCGAGCCUUGUAUAUUCCUGUGUCAGGUCUACGCCCCUCUAGAAGAUAAAGAUAGCUGUUUUCACAGGACCAUUUUUGUGUUCGUUUGCUUGAAGGCAAGCUGUUAUCAACCAAAUGUGAACAAGAACAUCAAAGUGUUCCGUAGCCAGUUGCCUCGCCGUAACGAUUACUACGACUUCAAUCCACCGAACGAGGACCAACCUCCGGCGGCGCCGGCAAAACCGUUGUCAGUUUCCGGUCACCCUCCGUUGUGUGUCGUUUGUGGAUGCCGAGGACCUCAGCAAUGUUCCCAGUGUCGCAAGGUUAACUACUGCGGCGUGGUUCAUCAGCGAAUCGAUUGGAAAAAUGGUCAUAAAGCUGGCUGCGGCAAGGUUGAGGGCACUAGCAGUGCCGACAUUCUAUUUCCUCAACAGGAAAUCAUCACGGAAGCGGAGGAAAUUGAACCUGAAGAGAAGUUGUCCGAGGCUGAAAACGAAAAGAAACAGAUGGAAGAGUACGAAAAGCUUAUGAAGGAAGGGAAAACUGGGGAGCUGAGUGAAUUAUCGGAAAGCGAACUUGAUAAGUACUCGGAACAGAUCGAAGAUAAGCAGUUUGAUAAGUUCAAGAAAAUCAUUUCCUCAUACCCGGAACAGGUAUUACGAUACGACCGGAAAAGUAAACCUUUGUGGAUUUCCAACAUUGUUCCUAAGGAGAUUCCUGUUUGCGAGUUGUGUGGACGGCAACGAGUCUUUGAAUUCCAGAUCAUGCCACAGUUGCUGAUAAGCUUGAACAACGAGAAUAUCGAUUGGGGAGUUCUGGCUAUUUACACUUGCGUCGAGAGCUGCGAUACCCCCGAUCGAUCGUAUGCGAAAGAAUUCGUUUACAAACAAGAUGUCAUCCAAACGGAACCAACAGCUGUCGAAAAGCCAGCAAGCUCGAGUAGUUGAAUUGGUACUUUAUUUGUUACGUUUUUCUUAUUAUGAUUUAUAAUAAAAACAAUCCCUGCUAUGCUCGAUCACAAUACCGAGCACUGGUUGAUAUUAAAUGCAA